GGCCCCCAUCUUCUUAGAGCGCUUUAGGCCAGCCGGCGGCGCUUGGAAGUCCAGGCGUUGCUUGUAGUGAGCCUGUGGUGUGGCUCUGUGGGACCAGGAACUUAAAGAUAGCCACAAUGGCUGAAAAUGGUGAUAAUGAAAAAAUGGCUGCUCUGGAGGCCAAGAUCUGUCAUCAAAUUGAGUACUAUUUUGGAGACUUCAAUUUGCCACGGGACAAAUUUUUAAAGGAACAGAUCAAAUUGGAUGAAGGCUGGGUACCUUUGGAGAUCAUGAUAAAAUUCAACAGGUUAAACCGUCUCACAACAGACUUUAAUGUAAUCGUGGAAGCACUGAGCAAAUCCAAGGCAGAACUCAUGGAAAUCAGUGAAGAUAAAACUAAAAUCAGAAGGUCUCCAAGUAAACCCCUCCCUGAAGUGACUGAUGAGUAUAAAAAUGAUGUAAAAAACAGAUCUGUUUAUAUUAAAGGCUUCCCAACUGAUGCAACCCUUGAUGACAUAAAAGAAUGGUUAGAAGAUAAAGGCCAAGUACUAAAUAUUCAGAUGAGAAGAACCUUGCAAGAAGAUUACUUUGCAAAAAAAAAUGAAGAAAGAAAACAAAAUAAAGUGGAAGCUAAAUUAAGAGCUAAACAAGAGCAAGAAGAAAAACAAAAGUUAGAAGAAGAUGCUGAAAUGAAAUCUCUAGAAGAAAAGAUUGGAUGCUUGCUGAAAUUUUCGGGUGACUUAGAUGAUCAGACUUGUAGAGAAGAUUUGCACGUCCUUUUCUCAAGUCAUGGUGAAAUAAAACUUCACCUCAUUGAUAUCACCAAGGCACCUAAAGAACUACAGAUGGAACUGACUGAGCUCUCAGUAGAUGAUACAUUAAAGUCAUUGUUUGGUGCUGAGAAAGAUCCAAUUGAAAUAUGGAAAAAUGCAGAAAAAGCCAAGGAAGCAUUGGAUAAAGCCAAAGAUGCAAAUAACGGUAACCUACAAUUAAGGAACAAAGAAGUGACUUGGGAAGUACUAGAAGGAGAGGUGGAAAAAGAAGCAUUGAAAAAAAUCAUAGAAGACCAGCAAGAAUCUCUAAACAAAUGGAAGUCAAAAGGUCGCAGAUUUAAAGGAAAAGGAAAGGGUAAUAAAGCUGCCCAGCCUGGGUCUGCUAAAGGAAAAGUACAGUUUCAGGGCAAGAAAACUAAAUUUGCUAGUGAUGAUGAACGUGAUGAAAAUGGUGCAACUGGACCAGUAAAAAGAGCAAGAGAAGAAACAGACAAAGAAGAACCUGCAUCAAAGCAACAGAAAACAGAAAAUGGUGCUGGAGACCAGUAGUUUAGUAAACAAAUUUUUUAUUCAUUUUAAUUAGGUUUUAAACUGCCUUUGUUUUUGGAGACUUUAAAAUGAAAACCGAAUUAGGUCCACUUCAAUGUCCACCUGUAAGAAAGGAAAAGUUUUUUGUUGUUUAACUUGUCUUUUUUUGUUAUACAAAUGAGGAUUUUUUUUGGAAUGUAUAGUUUGUGUUAUUUCAGAUAAUAUCAAAAGGAAGAUUCUUCCACUAAAUUGCCUUUGUAAUAUGAGAAUGUACUAGUACAAACUAAUAAAUAUAUACUGUAUAAAAAGAGCAAAAA